GGGUCUGCAGUUUUUCGGGGAUGAGUCAGAGUGAUGCAUUAUUUCAACACGCGAUCUUUGGGCACGUCGUGACGCUACAACGUCCGACGGGCUCUCAAACCAGCCAAUCGCAUCGCGCGGUUCAAGGAGAGUCACGGGGUUCAUGUUGACGCUGCUGCGGCUGAAGAAAUCCUCCACGCUUCGUCUCCUCGUCGUGUUUUCUGGUCUCUGUCGGACAUGAACAGUGUCGGGGAGGCCUGCACCGACCUGAAGCGGGAGUACGACCAGUGCUUCAACCGCUGGUUCGCCGAGAAGUUCCUGAAGGGGGACCGGAGCGGCGACCCGUGUACCGAGACCUUCCGGAAGUACCAGCGGUGCGUCCAGAAGGCCAUCAAGGAGAAGGACAUCCCGAUCGACGGGGUGGAGUUCAUGGGCCCCAACAAGGACAAGCCCGAGAGCUGAUGGAGGGGAAACAUCCACACCGAUGUCACUACAACCUGCUGAGCGUGGCGCGUGUCCACGAGGCCCACUGAGCAUGCGCAGAGGCAGAGACGAUGCCGCAGUAGUGGACGAGGAGACUGGACCUGAACACUGAACCGAACCCAGAACAGAAGAGCUCUUUUGGUUCAAACUAGAUUUUUCUUUUCUUCUCAUAUCAGCUGCUUACAUUUGAUCGAUUAUUUAACAUGAGGGAUGUCGCUGGAAGCCUGCAGAAACAACUAAUCGAUUAAUCAAUCAAUCACUAACAUGGAUCUGGACCCAUUAGACACCAGGACCACCCAGAACCUUCUGUGGUUGCAGCUCCUGCAUGUUGAGAACUGCAGCGCUGGACGAGUGGAGGCGUCGCUGAGGACUUAUGGAUUACCAGGAGAUUCAAACACUGGAUGGACUGAUUGAUCAAUAAUGACUGAUCACUUCCUGUCCGCAGCAGCUAGUUGAAUUCACUGUUGGCUUCAUGACACUUAGCAGAUCGUUUUAAAUGAUUUUUGUCUUGAAUUAACUUGUUAAGUUUGUUAUAAUUUCCUAAUUUCCUCCUCUUGUUAUAGUUCUGGUGUUUGGUUGACGGGUCAAAGGUCACUGCAGCUUUUUAUUGGAGACUUCUGGAUCAUUUCCAGUCGGGUCUGUUGUUCUCUGGUGUGCAGCAGAAUUACUACAUGACAUCAACUUUAAGUGGAGUUUAAACCGCCAUGUCUGCCCUCCUGGAUCACUGCGUCUCUGAUGGUUGAUGCCUGUUUGUUUGUUUGUUUGUUUGUUUGUUUGUUUGUUUGUUUUUUAGUUGACACAGAUGUUUUAAUAAAAUGUCAGCUGACAGAUGAGAAACUGGAGGAUUGUUGUGAUUAUAGAAUAAAAUGUUUUGCUCUGACA